AUGAACCAUGAUCCCACCCCGACCUCGCCGGCGGACGACCCUGAUGCGAACCCCCGUCCCCGCGAGGAAGAAGACAUCGCUGCCGCUGCCGUUGACGACGAUGACGACAAUGGCGCCCCAUCGCAACAGCAGAACGGUUCUGCCGCAGGUACCACACCACGCCGGCGACCGAAACUAUCUAAAAAGGAAAAGGCUGGCAUGGCGAAGAAACUCGCUUUCCUUAUUCACCUUUUGACGAGCCUGGAUCUCCUUAUAUAUGCCGAACUAUGCGUGCUGUAUUAUAUGGACUGUUCCUUUUUCCGACUUCUCAUCCGCUGGAUCCCGCAUUGGCUCUUUCUCAGCGUGAAACUCGAAAUCGCCAUUAUACCAUAUUUCAAUUAUCCGAUCGGUGCCAUUAUCGGACCUAAUGUAUUCUGCAUGUUCUUACAUUUGGUCACGUCGCUUCCGCAAGCAAGCGAGAUAUCAAGAGGCUACUUACACGGCGGAGUGCUCGUCGAUUUCGUCGGGCAAAAGGCUCCCACAUCAAAGUUUUCGCUACUACUAGUCGAUCUAGUGGUGCUUUGUCUGCAGUGUUUGAUGUUGUCGGUCAAUCUUGAAAAGGACCGAAUAAAGAAGAUACUGAAUCCUCCACGACAGCCCGAAGGCAGCGCUGGAACUGCUGCGGCUGCAGCGACGAAUCCAAACCAGGACCAUGAUCAUGAGGAGAGAGGCGUGUUGCGUGAAGGGCCUAAUAUUGAUGAGCUGGAUGGCAUCGAAAUGCAAACAUUCGGGAGUGACGGCGCAGAAACAACAAGUCUGCUCCGGCAGAGGGAUAGUAAUCAGGAGGGUCUACGCGAUAUUUUGGCGUCUGGCAAUGCCAUUUUAGCCGAUUUCCAUGUCCGAACGGCACUGCGACGAGCCUGGACUGACCGCGGCAACACAUCUGAGGCGGCCGCAGCUUACACGUUGCAAAACGUGAGUUAUAAUGCGACUCUGGCAGCAUUAGCGGCUCAGAGAAGAGCUCGAUUAGCUGCCGCGCAAACAGGCGCAAAUAGACGGACAUGA